CGCGCGCGGCGGGCAGGGAGACGCCGGCGUGCUCCCGCGGCCCGCAGAGCGCCGGGCAGGUCUGCUAAAAAAUGACAGAGUAUAAGCUUGUUGUCGUUGGAGCUGGUGGUGUGGGCAAGAGCGCCUUGACAAUACAGCUCAUUCAGAACCACUUUGUGGAUGAGUAUGACCCUACCAUAGAGGAUUCCUACAGAAAGCAAGUAGUAAUUGAUGGGGAAACCUGUCUCUUGGAUAUUCUUGAUACAGCAGGUCAAGAAGAAUAUAGUGCAAUGAGGGACCAAUAUAUGAGAACAGGAGAAGGCUUCCUGUGUGUAUUUGCUAUAAACAAUACAAAAUCUUUUGAAGAUAUUCACCAUUAUAGGGAACAAAUAAAAAGAGUUAAAGACUCUGAAGAUGUCCCAAUGGUGCUAGUAGGAAACAAAUGUGAUUUGCCUUCCAGAACAGUAGAUACAAAACAAGCUCAGGAUUUAGCAAGAAGUUAUGGAAUUCCUUUUAUUGAAACAUCAGCAAAGACAAGACAGAGAGUGGAGGAUGCUUUUUAUACAUUGGUGCGAGAGAUUCGACAGUACAGAGUGAAAAAAAUCAGCAAAGAAGAAAAGACUCCAGGGUGCAUGAAAAUUAAAAAAUGCCUUGUAAUGGGUGUUGACGAUGCCUUCUAUACAUUAGUUCGAGAAAUCAGAAAACACAAAGAGAAGAUGAGCAAAGACGGUAAAAAGAAGAAAAAGAAGACAAAGACAAAGUGUAUAAUUAUGUAAAUACAGUGUAUCCUUAUUCUUAAGACGUACUGAAGUAAUUUUUGUACAUUACACUAAAUUAUUAGCAUUUGUUUUUAGCAUUACUUUACUUUCUGCUUCAUGAUCCUGUUAGCUUUACCUGAAUGCUUGUUUUAAAUGACAGUGGAAACUUCAUUCCUCUUAAAGUGCCAGUAUUCUUUGAGUGUUGGUUCUUGAACUAGCAAUGCCUGUGAAGAAAAAUAAAAACAGAAAAAAAACACACAAAAACCUGAGAACUGUCUUAGGACUCUUUGGUGCAUGCACAGUUGCUAACUUACUACUUUUCUUACUGAUUGUGAACUUCUGUUCUGUGUGUAAACAAAACAAUGAAAUGAUGCUCUACAUGUUCUAACAUCCCCCUUAAUUUUUACUAUUUUUUAUUUUUUAAAUCUGGUUGGGAAAACAGACUAGUUAGCAAAAAAAGAAUUUAUUUUCAGAUUUUCUUUUAGUUUAGACUGACUGCAAUAUAGAGAGACCAGAAGCCUUUAUAGUCUUCCUGUAGAUUUUGCUUCUAGGCAUCUAGUCUUGUAGCAUUUCAGAUCAACUUUAUUGAAUGUAAAGAUAAAACUUUCACAAAAAAAUUUUUUCACUGCAAUUUGUCUCAGUCACUCCUUAAAUACUAUAUUUUUUCUAUUAAAAAAAAAAAAAAAAAGAAAAAUUAAAAAAAAGACACUAAUGCACAUCUGGCAAUGGAAAAAGUAAAAGUUCUGAUUAGAUUGAUUUCCUGUUGUUGAUGUAUUGCUUUAAAACUUUCACUUAACUUUUUCUGUCUGAAGACACCAAGGUGCAAUCUUAGCUCUCCUGAGCUCCCAGUGGUGAAUCUUCAAGUAGUUCAGUAGGACGAGAUUUCACCCUUAGUGUCUCCAGGAAAUACUAGAAAGCCUUAAUAGAUAAGUUGAUUCAAUUUCUUAGGUUACUUCAUACAUGGAUCCAGAAUUUAUCAUAAGAAUUAAAUCAGAAUGAAUCCUAAAUUAUAUAGUAAAUCAAAACCAUUUGAUUUUUUUUCCCCAAGGGUGGCAUGAAAUGUUUCCACAUGCCCAUUUUAUGUAAAAAUAGGAGCAGAAUUUUAAAUUCUAGUAACCUCAAAUCAGUGAAUGAAUGAGCUUGAACUUAGCUGCUUCAUGCAAAUAAUUUGGAAAUCCACUAUGCCAUAAAAAUGGUGUGGAAUUUGCACUAAUCUUCAGCAUAGAACAUGGUUUCCAGAUUCAGUGUUGUUUAUGUGAUGUCUGUGAAGUGCUAGUUUUGUUGCACAGAUUAAAUGGUUGGUGAGUGGCAUUCCAAUGUCUAGACUGUCAUGAAACUAGACCAAGGUUUUAAUGUUGUCUUUCUCCGUGAUUAAGUCUCUUGUGAUUCUUUUUUUUUUUUUUUCCUUUCUGAUCAGAAUUAAUGCAGAAUUCAGGUUUCCUUUUUGGUACUGUAGUCUAACUAUUCUGCACCGAAGUAAGAGCUAGUGUUUGCAGUGCUGCCAGUUCCUGUUUUCUUCCUGCAAAAGUUACAGCGCUCGGCUGUGUUAGUUGCCUCAGUGCCAUAAGGCACACUGGUACCCAGUCAGCUGCAGAACAGAAUUGGAAGCAUGACUUCGUGUACCAAAAGUAAAACAGAAGUCACUGAAGGAGGAUAGUGUAGGACAGUGCACUGGUAAGUUCUGAAAGUUUGGAAAAGGGAAUAGCAGCAUUGCCCAAACUUAACCUAUAACUAAACCAUUGCGUGGAAAAUUUACACAGUAUCACUUGAAUCUACCAGUGUAACUUAGACCAUUUAUAUGAUGUCAAAGGUGCGACUGCAGGCACACAUUUUGCUUCCUACAGCAAAAAUCAGCAGUGACUGUUAGGUGGAGAGCUGCAAAGCUGGCAGGGGAAGUGUGCUGUCUGGGUUGCUGCACGUUCUUUCAUGCGCCUCAGAAGUUAACAAAUGAGUGCCUUUGCCUGCCUGCACUGACUGCUCUCUCAGCCCACCAUCAGCCCCCAUCUUUUCAGCAUCAAUGUGAGAUGUAUUUUUAAUGUCCUACAACAUUUUACAGCUUCCAAGGCUAAAAACAAUUUGGAGGUGGUUAUUUGCACAUGGUAGUUAAUAUAUGAUUAGAUAUGAAGAAGAUAGCAAAGCUGGAUAGUAUACCCUGAGCUAACAACAGCAAUCUUAAGGUGACUUUAAAGAUUUUUGGUAACCGAGUCACACUGCAUGUAAAACUCUGAAAUUCUCAUAUUAAUUAACUAAAAACUGUUAGGGGAAAUAAAUGUAGCAGAAAUAUCUUAAUAAUCAAGCGUGGAUUAUACAGCUCUGCUAUCAAGGUAUAUAUGGAUAAAAUAAGUUUUUCAGUAGGUCUGAUCUGUAGCUACCAAUCUAAUCAAAUUAUUAUAAAAUUGCCCUAUAAUAGCCCUUAUUGACUUAAAGGAAAAAAAAAAAAAAAGAAAAGAAAAAUACUCAUCCUUGCCACUGUUGUGCAGUUUUGUCUUAAUAUUUGUAGAGAUUUGGUGAAGCAUGUUGGAUUGCAGCUUGCACAAGUUGAUCUCAAUUAUUCUGUCUUUCCCUAUUUGAAAUGUUUUCAAAGGACACACCUGGAUGCUUUCUUUUCUGGCAGUAACUGCUAACUGAACAUGUGAAUCACUUGCUGCGUUAAUACAUUACAUUGCCAUAUGUCAGGGAGUAACACCUUCUUACAGUAGCUUUAUGUAACCCUGGUAAACAUUAUUACUGGUUUUCUCAGAACUGAACAUUAUUUAACCAGUCUCGUUGCCCUAACUUAGGAAAAAAAGAAGUUAUGUCACAUAGGAUCUCUGCAAUAGGUAAAUACAGACACACAAUCUUCUACACUUCCUUCUGUGAAGCAAUACAAUUAUUACCUUCAAAGACCAUCAAACUGUAUACCAAUCAUUUUGUCUGAAGUUUACAUAAAGCUACAUAGAUGGUAAACCUUUCCUAACAUUUCUUUAUUCCACUGUCUUGUGUUUUCAUGUUGAAAAUACUUCUGCUUUUUCCUCUUGAGUGCCAACUUCUUACUAGAAUGACUUCUUAAUGUAAUAUGUUUACCUGGAAUGUAUUUUAACUAUUUUUGUAUAGUGUAAACUGAAACAUGCACAUUUUGUACAUCGUGCUUUAUUUGAUGUGGAACAUAUGCAGUGUGAUCCAGUUUUUCCAUCAUUGGUUGCGUGACCUAGGAAUGUUGGUAAUACCAGAUACUACAUUUAAAAAAAAAAGAAAAAAAAAAACACAAAAAACCUCUGUUUGUUUUAAAAUUUUUAAUGUUUUUAGGAGUAUGUGCUGUGAGGUGAUCUGGAAUUUGUCUUUUUUUUUUUUUUUUUUUUUUUUGUCAAACUGUACUGCUCCUAUUUAUUGUAAUGUAAUAAAAAAAUAGUUAUUGUGAA